AUGCAGCUCUCUCUUUCUCACUUAAAAUUUUUGUAUCUCUCAGAUGCUCGACACUACCUAUUACUCACUGCGUAUCCCACCUCUCUCAUCCCCUCCCUCACUCUUCGCCUCCCAGACUCCUUCUCCACCUCUGUGUCACUUUCUCUACCUCUUUAUAACACUUUGCCUCUCAUUCUCCUCUUCCAAAACCCAAUUCCCACACCUCCUCUAUCAUCUCUUCUAACAAACGAUCUUAGUCAUGGCGGUGGCACCAUCAACACCAAUGAACGAAAACACAAGAAGAAAAUUUGUACGUGGUUAAACUAG